CUGAACUUAAAUAAGAAGGGCCUACGCUCAUGCUUCAGGACCACUCUCCUGGGACUCCGACUUCUGUUGACUUCUACCUUACCGUUCCUCCGUCUACAAUGGCUGAACCUGCACCUGCACCUGCUGAGGCACCCGCCGCUGAGGCACCCGCCGCUCCCGCUGCCGCAGACUUCACAGCGGACCAGCUUGAGGACUUCAAGGAAGCCUUCGGUCUGUUCGACAGAGUUGGCGAUUCCCAGGUUGGAUUCAACCAGGUGGCCGACAUCAUGCGUGCCCUGGGCCAGAACCCCACCAACGGAGAAGUGAAGAAACUUCUGGGCAGCCCAUCCCCCGAGGAUAUGGAGAACAAGAGGAUGGCCUUCGACGCUUUCCUGCCCCUGCUCAAAGUUCAGGACUCCGUCGUGAAGGGUACCUAUGAUGACUACGUUGAGGGUCUCCGCGUCUUUGACAAGGAGGGUAACGGCACAGUCUUGGGCGCUGAGCUGCGUAUCGUGUUGGGCACAAUGGGUGAGAAGAUGAAGGAGGCCGAGAUUGAUGCCCUCAUGCAAGGUCAGGAAGACGACAAUGGCGCAAUCAACUACGAGGCUUUCGUCAAGCACGUCAUGUCCGUGUAAGAGGCCCCCAAGUGGGAGUGGUGAAGAAGUCGAUCUGUAAACCCCUCAGGGUGUCAGGACAUCCAACUCUGUUUCUAAGACCAACCAAAGGGAAUAAAAAAAAGGACUAUGGGAUGUCACCAUUGAAGAAAAAACACAUUUGUACUUUUUUUUUUUUUUUUUUGUCCUUUCCAUCCAUAUCUCCUUUUCUCCGCUCAUCCUCUUUCUGGACGUUACCGUCUCUCUUUUUUUUUCCUCUGCUGCCCCCCCCUACCCCUAGGGUGGUGGUCCCUGGUCUGGCAGGAAACGGGGGAGGAAGGGUGGGCCACUCAUGAAGUGGGGGUAUCCCCUGCCUUGCUCUGACUUGCCCUGGUCACUUCACCACCAGCCAGACGUGUUGAAGGCACCUGGCACACCUGUGGACCGAUCGCCGAAACUCUCCCCCCUCUCCCUUCCCCACAGAAAGUCGUCUUUUAUUUUCACUCAGAAUAAAACCUUUUCCAAAAGUA